UGAGUCAACUACGAGUCCAAUUAAUUCCAAGUUUCUGUGGUUGCUCUCCUAGAUUCUUAUCUAUAAAUGAAGAUACCCUUAGAUGAUGAUAGCCAACCACAAGAUUACCUGAGAAGCAAGGAACAGCCAUGGCGUCCGUCUCACAGCUGUUGCUCUUCCUCCUGUGUAGCUACCAUGCUCUGAUUGCUAGUGCAGUGGACGUGCAGAGCUACAAGAUUCUCGCAACCAGCUCCCAGAAGCCUCAAGCCGUCUGCUCGGAGCCCACACGUACAUUGGGCCUACCUUUGUCGAGCGGAGCGACGGUGCCACUGAACCACCGGCAAGGCCCAUGCUCACCGGUGGUGUCGUCCAAGAAGAAGCCUACCUUGGAGGAGCUGCUCCGCCGUGACCAGCUCCGAGCCGGCUAUGUCCAACGGAAGUUCUCCAACAACAACCACCGCGCCAACAGUGGGCUCCAAUCAUCGGAGGUUACCGUGCCGACAACAUUGGGGUCUUCCCUGGACACGCUGGAGUAUGUCAUCACCGUCGAGCUGGGCUCGCCGGCAGUGAAGCAGACGAUGAUCAUCGACAGCGGCAGCGACGUGUCGUGGGUGCACUCCUCGUCCGGGUCGCCCUUCGAUCCAGCCAAGUCGAGCACGUACGUGCCCCUCUCUUGCGGCGCCCCGGCGUGCACGCAGCUGGGCGGGGAAGGCAACGGGUGCUCCAAAAACGGGCAGUGCCAGUACAUGGUCAUGUACGGCGACGGGUCCAACACCACGGGAGGGUACGGCUCCGACAAGCUGGCGCUCACGGCCUCCGAAACCGUGGACAGUUUCCAGUUCGGGAGCAGCCAGGUGGAGGAGGGGUUCAGGGACAAGACCGACGGGCUGAUGGGGCUGGGCGGUGACACGCAGUCGCUGGUGUCGCAGACCGCGGCGACCUACGGCAAGGCGUUCUCCUACUGCCUCCCUCCGACCACGAGCUCGUCGGGUUUCCUCACGCUCGGCGCGCCCAGCGGCGGCACGUCGGGGUUCGCGACUACGGGGAUGCUGAGGAGCCCGCAGGCCCGGACCUUCUACGGCGCGCUCCUCCAGGGCAUCAGCGUGGGCGGGAAGAUGGUCGGCGUGGCGCCCUCGGUGUUCUCCGCCGGGUCGGUGAUGGACUCCGGCACCAUAAUCACGCGGCUGCCGCCGACGGCGUACAAGGCGUUCUCGACGGCGUUCAAGGAAGGCAUGAAGCAGUACCAGACGGUGCCGGCCAGGAGCAUCCUGGACACGUGCUUCGACUUCAGUGGCCAGGACAACGUCACGAUACCGUCGGUGUCGCUGGUGUUCGACGGCGGCGCGGUCGUGGACCUCGACGCAAACGGGAUCAUAUAUGGCAGCUGCCUCGCGUUCACGGCCACGGACGACGACGGCACCACCGGCAUCAUCGGCAACGUGCAGCAGAGGACGCUGGAGGUGCUGUACGACGUUGGAAAGAGCGUCUUGGGCUUCCGUGCCAACGCGUGCUGAUCAGACUAGUGGUUGGGGCGCCCCAUGGGGCGCCUCCUAGCCGGUCAGUUGCAAACCAAUCUCAACAUCAUGAUUUUAUAGAUUGGUCAUUUGGUCAUUGUUUACUCUCAAGUUAGCUGUACAAUUAUACAAGGAUAGUAGCAUGUGCCCGAUGAAUCACAUCGGCAGGGAAGCAUGAAAGAGUAUCUGAAGAUCACCACACUUCUAUUUUACCAUACAUCAAAACGGUUACCGAGUAUUUAAUAUUCACAACAAUAAUCAUCAGUGUUAGGAAUAAAUUAGCUUUAGAUUUAGGCUAAUCAAGCAGUUAGCAGAUUCCUUAGAAUAUUCCCUAUAGCAGUUAGCAUAUUAGAGUUUUGUCCAAUCGCUGUGUAAAGCGAACAGUUGUGUCCUUUCCAAAGAGACACAAUUAUUGUAACCGACAUGUACUCCCGACUGUUGAGGUAAUAUAAAUACCCGCAGUCCACAUCAAUGGAAAGCAAUCAUUCACUUCCAA